AUGAACAAGCUCCACUGGUCUUCCGAAUAUCUUCAUGAGUGCCCCGUAUCUCAUCAGCAACAAUACAUGUCUAAAGUAGACCUUGAGCAACAAGCUAGUUUGAUGUAUCCUGUGUCACCAUUUUAUGCUACAUCUCCCUCUGCUUCACCUAAUAGCGUCAUGUAUGGUAAUGAGCCUUUCAUCACCAGCCCAUCUUACAUGGCACAACAUGGUCCCGGAAGCCCAGAUUCCUUAAUGUCUGGAUUUUCUGUAACCCAACCUGUUUAUCACCAUCCUCAAGUACCACCUCAACUAGUACAAUCUUCUUCUAGUUCAACUAUUCAUUCCACUAGCAGCGCCAGUUCCGCCGCCGCUACAGCCUACUUGAAUGAAACGAUUGCAAAGGCUUCAGCAUUGCCUGAGUCCUUUUAUCCUGAAUUCCUUCAAUACUCCAAGGAAUCAUUUGAACAAUCUGCCUCCAACAGUAACAACAGUAACAGCAAGAAGCGCAGUAGAUCAGAUGAAGAUAAAGGCCAACAACAACAGCAAUUCUCCUCUUCCUCCUCCUCUUCUUCCUCCGAGGAAGAUGAUGAUGAAGAAAGACGUCCUGCCCGCAAGCAAAAAGUUGAACAACAACAAGACUCCACAUCUACCGUUACUGAAUUGAGACGCCAAAUCCACAUCCAAUCCGAGCAAAAACGUAGAGCUCAAAUCAAGGAUGGUUUUGAGGAUUUGCGCACAGAAUUACCUGCUUGUUUGAACAAGAAGAUGAGCAAAGUUACAUUGUUGCACAGAACUGUCCAACACAUCCAACACUUGAAAUCUACCCAAAUGACUAUAUUGGCUGAACUCGAGCGUCUUGUUCAAGAGAAUGAGCAGCUCAGAAGCUUCCAACAAGGUGUAUUACAAAAGCAAGCCCUUGAAAACAUGUAUUCUAUUGGAAACAUGUAA